AUGGUCCAGGCCAAACUCCAUCUUGUAUGCCAGGGACUCAUCACCGGUAACUACCAGCAGUUCCUUUCAUUGAUGUUUGCUGUCUCUGAGGUCAAUAAGGAUUUUCUUCUCCUCCCCAACAUCUCCCUUGGCUUCCACAUCUAUGGCCAUUUUCAGAGGGAGAUUGAGAUUUCCUUAAAAAGCUUCUCCAUACUCUCCUCACGAGGCCAAGUGGUUCCAGGUUACAAAUGUGACCUGCAGGACACUCUGCUGUCCGUCAUUGGUGGUCUCAGUGCCAAGUCCUCAAGGCUGAUGGCCUCCAUCUUCAGCAUCUUUAAGGUCCCACAGAUUCUUCCCUAUUUGAGCAAUGUGCAGUUCAACAACAGUGCUGGAGAUGAAGUCUCCUUCUCAGAAGAUGGACUGGGAUCUGCUCGUUAUGAUCUUCUCAACUGGCUUUUCCUCCCCAAUCAAUCUUUUGUCCCCAUGAAGGUUGGGCAAGUAAAUCCUGAUGCUCCUCCAGGCCAGGAUUUCACCAUUAAAUCUGGUGGAAUCGUUUGGGCCACAAAGGUGAGCUGCAAGGAAAUGUUGAAAGUUCAGAGAAAGAUUCAUUCUCUUCCUGAGAUGCAGAAUAUCUUUCUAACUGGAAAAUAA